UCCUCGGGCAAGCCUCUGACUACUCGGAGACAGCCGGAGUAUUCGGUCCAGAAGGAAGAGUCGUCGCCGGCCUCCGACGACUCGACACUGUCCAAACUCGAGACAGCACUCAUCGGACUGAGCCGGCUGGGCCGAUGGCGGGGCCAGGCGCGCUCUGGGAGGCCCUCUGGGCACUCCUGCCCCGCACGAAAGAGGAGCUGAAGCUGGAGCUGGGAGAGAAGGUGGAGGGCAGCGUGGUGCUGCUGCUGCAGGAAGCUGCCGAGCUCUUCUACGGGGACAGGAGGCGAGAGUGUCUGCAGACCUGCGAGGCGCUGCUGGACUACUCCUGGGAGAAGCUGAACACAGGGCCCUGGCAGCACGUGGAGAAGGACUGGCGGCGGGUGUACGCCUUCAGCUGCCUCCUGAAAGCCGUGUGUCUGUGCACGCCGCCUGGGGACGCUGCCUCCGUGGCCGCCGCCCUGAAAGCCUGCGACAUGGGCCUGCUGAUGGGGGCGGCCAUCCUCGGGGACAUCCUCCUUAAAGUCACUGCCGUCCUCCAGAAGCACCUGCUCUCUGGAAAAAGGCCCGCCCCCGGCCCGAGCCAGGAGCCGCUCGGCUUAAAGAAAGCAAGGAAUGACCGCGUUCCGAUUCCAGAUAUGACGUCAGAAAGAACGGUGCCCCGGCUUCACUGUCCAUCCCUCCAGCAUUUCAGGAAGCAUUUUUUGGAUCCAGGGAGGCCUGUGAUCUUGGAAGGUGUGGCCGACCACUGGCCGUGCAUGAAGAAGUGGAGUCUGGAGUACAUCCAAGAAAUCGCUGGCUGCCGCACCGUCCCAGUAGAGGUCGGUUCCAGGUACACGGACGAGGAGUGGUCCCAGACGCUCAUGACUGUCAAUGAGUUCAUCAGCAAGUACAUCACGAAUGAGCCGAAGGACAUCGGGUACCUUGCUCAGCACCAGCUCUUUGACCAGAUCCCGGAGCUGAAGCAGGACAUCAGCAUCCCCGAUUACUGCUGCCUGGGCGCCGGGGAGGAAGAGGAGAUCACCAUCAACGCCUGGUUCGGUCCCCAAGGCACCGUCUCCCCGCUUCACCAGGACCCCCAGCAGAACUUCCUAACCCAGGUGAUGGGCAGGAAGUACAUCCGGCUGUACUCCCCGCAGGAGUCAGAGGCCCUGUAUCCUCAUGACACGCACCUUCUUCACAACACGAGCCAGGUUGACGUGGAGAAUCCCGACGUGGAGAGGUUCCCCAGGUUUGCCGAGGCCCCAUUCCUGUCCUGCAUCCUGUGUCCGGGAGAGAUCCUCUUCAUCCCGGUGAAGUACUGGCAUUACGUGCGGGCUCUGGACUUGAGCUUCUCGGUCAGCUUCUGGUGGUCGUAGCCCGAGAAGAGGGUGCCCGGCAAGCAGACGUGCUCGUGGUCACACGUCCUCCGCCCUGUGCCCGGCCCGGCCUGCGCCUGAGGACUCCCUCGCCGGGCACACGCAGGGCGAGGGGUGCCCAGGCCAGUGUGGGCAGCAGAGGCAGGCGGGUGGGACCCCAGAGGGACAUUCCAGGCCCACAACCCGCACAGAAGCUCCUGGGCUCUGAGGUUGGCUGCCUGGAUUCCAGCCUGGCCCUGUCGCUUAAUUGCUGUGUGAUUUGGGGCAAGAAACUGCACUGUGUGUCUCCAUCUGGAAAAUAGGGCAGUGCUAGUCCUCGCCACAGAGGGCUCUAGGGAUGCGGUGUAGGCAGAGCUGCGCUACAAACCUCAGCGGCUGUCCCCAGUCUUCAUGAUUAUUACUGUUGUAAAUACUGGCCUGUCAGGACAGCCGUGGCCCGCAGGCUCUGGAGUGGGGUGGCCAUGGCCUGGUCACGGGGGUGGGUUCUUAUCGGCUUGCUCAGCUCAGGUCUCUGCUGGGCAGUGGGGAGCCUGGGGCAGUUUCUGUCUUGGUUACUUCAGAGAAGUGCACAGACCUGCUAGCUUGGCGAAUUUUCCACUCCACACCCUCCCAGCAACCAGUCCCCCAGUCAAGAAACAGAACCACCUGGCAGGCCCCCUCCUGCCCCUUGCUGUCUCCAUCGCCCAGGGGUCACUCCUCCCUGGAAGAGGGUUUUAGGCUAGGAGAGACCCAGGCUUCAGACUUUCCAUAAACACAUUUGUUUUGUUUGUAUAAAACAUGGGUGGUUCUGUUUGCAUUUUGACCAGGUAAGGAUGCUGGGGGCAGGGGUGUCACAGACCUGCAGGAACAGCUGUGGAGGAGGCCCAGGGCCAUGCCUCUACCAACCAGGCCUCUCUCCCUCCGUGGCCACCUCAUGUCUGCUGGUCUGACCUUGGCUUCAGUCUCUUCCCUCUUGUAGGUAGCCUUCUCCCCGGGGGAGAAGAUGGCCCCAGCAGGUCAACUCCAGAUCCCAGCACCUCAGCCCACAGCUCAGAAACCUCAGGGAAGGUUCUGACCAUUGGGCCUGGGACCUUUGCCCGUUCUGGGGCGAUGCCGUGGGGCAGGGAGUGGCUGCUCUGAUUGGCGGGGCCUGGCUCACAGGCCCCCCCCCCCCGAGUUACUGUGAGAAGGGGGGUGGGAAGCAUUGAUGGGCAGCUGAAACUAGCUACUAAUGUCCUCUGUAACCAGGCCAAGGAAUUUGAACCUUGUCAUGUAGGUCUUGGGGCUUCAGAGUUUUGAGCAGAGAGAUCAUCAGAAUGUAUGUUUGAUUCUCAGCAGGGAAGAGGAGGGGCUGAUGGUCAAAGCUGCAGGGAGGCUGUGGGUCUGAUGCCGUGGGUGAGCCCAGGCCAGGGCCGGGCGUGGAGGCCGGGCGAAUACGAGAGCUGUUUAGAAAGGAAUCGAGGGCUUUGUGAGCAAUUGCUUGUGAGGUCGUUUAUUCCCCUACCCAGCAUUAUUGAUAGCUAUUUGCCUCAUUUUCCAUAUGAAGAACUUAUAGCAAAUAUCAACGCCACUGAAGGCAGUCAGGCAUAAAAUGGGGAUGCCACCAUGCCCACAGGCUCGCCGUCAGUGAGGAGACGGGCUGCAGACGAGCCAUAACUCCAGGGCUGCCUGCGUAACCCCCGCUCCUUCCCCGGCUCCAGCUCCCACGGUGGCCCAGCCUUAGGAGCCCAUCCAUCCCAGCUGGCAGGCCCCACUCCCGCUGAGCCGCUGAUGACGAAGAGCAGUUCAUCUGUAAUGCCAUGGUUCUGAAGUUAGGGACUAGAGGAAGCGUUCAUUAAAACACAUUGAGGCCUGGCCGCCUCGAGCAGGUGUCCCUUGUCGGAUGGGAAGAUGAAAUCUUCAUCUGCUCUCCGGGCAAGGCUCCCGUGUUGCUAGUAUCCCGGCUGGAGGGCUGGCUUCCGCUCUGAGGGGUGUGGACCGAAGGCGGCUUAGAAGAAAGGUGUCGACCAGCUGCUCGUAGGGCCAAGGGGAGGUGCAGGCACCCAUCCACCGGAGCUGCAGAGAGGGCUGCUCAACACCCGCGUCCUGUGCCAGGCAGGGCGCGGCAUCGAGCAGGAUGGGCGCCCUGCCCUCCUUGUGUUUCGUGCUCUUGGGGGGUCCCGAGAGGAGACGGACAGUAAAAUAAGUAGUGCGGGUAGUGAUAAGUGCUGUGAAGGCAAGAGAACAGGGUGACGGUGGAAUGUGGCCACGGGGGAGGGGCUGGGGACAUGACUUUCAUAGCUGACAUCUGAGUAGAAGCGUGAAGGACCUGGAAUCCAGAACUGACACAGAGACUUGAGGAAGGUGCUCCGAGCAGCAGGUGCAGCAGCCCGAGGCAGGAAAGCCGCGGCCUUGGGAGGGAGGACGGGGCCGGCGCAGCGCGAGCUGAGGGCGCUGAGGGAAGCCGGAGGGCAGCUGGGGUUGGCAGGGCCAGGACUGUGGCAGCGGGGGGAGGGAUGAAGGUGCUAAGCAAGGAGAGACGAGGGCUGAUCACGCUGCCGUGUGAGAAGAGCCCAGAAGGGGGAGACCGGAGGCCGGAAGAGCGGUGAGUGUCCCCGGUCCAGUAAUUCCUGGAGUGACACACUUGGGGCACCAGUGGGAGGGCAGAGCGGUGGGAGACAGGCUGUGCCCGGGGGCGGGCAGGGCCGGACCACAAAGGCCUUGAGUGCCAGGCAAGCGCUCUGGAACUUGGGGUUAGGGCUUUGGUUGGGCCGUGGCAAGGGGUCCUCAGGAAGUUCAUGCUGGCGUCACCGCAGGGGAGACUGGCAGCAGGAGGGCAGUGUCCCAGCGGCAGGUGCUCAGAGCUUCCUUGCCACCUGCGUGGUGUGACCCUGCCUGGCCUUGACCGCCCAGCCACCCGCCCAGGCAGGAAGGCCACGAUGUGCUGCUCUGCUUUUGGCCCCCGGCCUCCGUUCCCCCUUGUCCCCUUCCUCCCGGGAGUGCAGCCUUGGAGGGUGUGUCAACCCGGAGCCCUUCCUGCACCUGCAUCUUGAGGGCGCGUUGGGAGGACGAACAGAACAGCUGGAGCUGCUGUGCAGCGGCAGCAGUCCCCACCGUGACCGGGGAAUGGGUCUUACCCGCCGGAAUCCCCGAGUCCAGGGUCCAUGUUUUCUAGACCGGUUCUCCUGCCUUGCUGUCAGCAAGCUUCCUCAGACCCUCCCAAGAAACCCCUUUUCUGGGUAAGCUGGCUGGGGCUGGUUUUGGUGGCGUGCCUGGCACACAGCUGCACCUGCCCACCCGCCAGUCGGGGCUCCCACAGGGCUUCACCAAGGCUUGUAUUUGCCUUCAGAAGGCUGGGCCAGGGGCUGGCUCACAGCUGAACGCCUCUCGCUGCCUGGGGGUGGGCCUCAGGGCUCAGGCCGGACCUGGGUCCUGCUCCACGCCGGUUGAUGCAGGUGAAUCGGGCAGAGCGUCCUUGCCUGCACGGGUGGAGGAUGCCCCGCCCUUUGGGCGCCCACGUUCGUUCCCUCUCUCCCUGGUGAUACCGUGUUCAGUUUGCUUAGAGAACCUCCUCACCCAGCCACGUGGCUCGGGAGCGGCUGCCCCACUCACGGCUUACAGGUGGCCCAGGCCGAGUGCCGACUGGACUAUCCCACCCUCCCCCACAGGUGUCCAGAUUGGAUGUUUGCUGGGAUGGGGGAGCCACUAAAUGAGAGCCGCCCUCUUCCUCCUGAUGGCGGGGCCUGGGUGAGCGAGGCCUGCAAGUAUGGCAGCCAUUUUGCUACCCUGAAGAAGAGGCUGGAUUUGCUGGAAGACCAUGUUUUAGGCGCCAGCGUGAGGCCAACACUCAUGAUAACAGGGCAGAGACAGAAAUAUGGAUGCUUGGUGACAACACUGGAACCACUAAGUCAAGCCUCUCCUAAAGGACCCCCUCUGGCCAAGUCCUUCCUUGUUUAAGCCACUCUGAGUUGGGUUUGCUGUCAUGACUGAAGGGGUCCUGAUUGAUUCUGGGGCGGAAGGGAGGCGAGACAGGGAGUUAAAAUAGUGUGGCAAGUGUGAUGGUCAGAGACAUGCGGGGAGGUGGGGGACUGGAGUGGAGGUGGUGACAGCCUAACCAAGAUCGAAAGGGUGGACAGGUGUUGCCAACAAGGGCGGGACACACGAGGGGAGGGCAGGCAGGGGGGGAGACGUGUGUGCAGAGGCCUGGCAGUGAGGAACACGAUGGUUCAUUUCAGGGACAGAAAGAAAUGCCGUGCCCUGGAAAGUAAGAGGGGAGACGGGCUGAGGUACACGGGGCCCCAUCGCGUGGCCCGGGCCUGCGGGCAAGGGCAGUCAGCAGGGGCGCACCAGGCCGCCUGGCACAGUGGGAAGGUGACUCUGCGGGAGAAGCCUGGAGCCGGUGGGCGAUGCCGUUCAGGCCGGUGCAUCUUGGGCCAAGGAGGGUGCAGCCCAGGGGGCCAAGGCCCCCACAAGCCCAAGUCAGGCCGGCCAGUGUGGGUGGGACGGGUGACCACAGCUGGGGACCGAAGGCAAAGCCGCCCUGAGCAAGUGGCCUUGGACGGUGCCAGGCGGGAGGAG